GUGAAUGACAGUAGCUCUUACAGAUAGUCUAUUAGUUCCUACAGCACUUCAAAAAUUUUCAUAUAAAUCCCCAUCCAUUAUUCAUAAAAUCGUGGGCAAAAUUGUGUAAAAAUCUCAGAUUAACCAACAUAUUACUUUUAUAUGGAUCCCAGGGCAUUCGACAAUUUUAUGGAAUUAAAAAGUGGACUUAUCGCAAAAUCAGUUACAGAAAUCAGCCCAUUCAUUGAAUGGAUCGCAUCGGAAGACAUCAUCUCACGCAUCAAACAAAUCUCAAAAAGAAAAACAACAGACAGCUAUAGACAGAGCAAAUAUUAUGAAAUUUUUGGAGAAAUUCCAGACAUAAAAAAUAUUGCUAAAUGGACAAGAAAUAGAAGAGAAGACAUCAUUUGCGCUAGAAUUUCUACGAAAACACUCAUCACACCUGGCCUUCUACAUCGUUUUAACCUGUCGAAUCAACCAAAUUGCGAAACAUGCCAAUCUUUGAAUAAUUUGGAUCAUAUCUUACUGCACUGCCGAAAAUACUCAAGCAUCAGACGUUGCCUGUGCCUUGAAAGAGAGUUGGGCCUCAACUCUCUUUCAAGCUGCAAUUUCAAACAACUCACGAGCAAAGCAUUUGCAGAUAAACUAUCUCUCCAUAUUUUCCUUCAACACUUGAAAUUUUUUGACAUUUAUUAAUUAGAGAUAUUGUUGAACGCUGGGAUGACAGCCUUUGUAGCUAAAAAUCCCUAAAUCCCCCUCAAACAAAAACAAAUGACAGUAGCUAUCUAUCGGGUUUUUGUUUUCUCGAUCUCUACCUGUAAACAAUAUAUCAAUGAUGGAAAAACAAUUUGCAUGUAGUAUUUGCAAUAAAUCAUUUUUCACCGUGUAUUCGCUUAAGAUACACUGUCUUACUCAUUCAGAUGAUCUGCCAUACGAAUGUAAAGUUUGUGGCAAAAAAUUUACUUUGCCAUCGAAACUUAAGAAACAUAGUGUAGUACAUUCUGAUGAAAGACCCCAUGUAUGCCAAGUAUGUCAGAAAGGUUUUUCAAGAAUUGACACUUUGAAAGAACACUUGCUUACCCAUACUGGAGAAAAGAAACAUGUUUGUACAUAUUGCCAAAAAGGAUUUACUACUGCAUCACAUUUGAAAGUACAUAUUAACGUUCAUACAGGGAAAAAACCAUACAAAUGCAAUUUAUGUGGGAUGUGUUUUACCCAAUCAGGGAGUUUAAAAACACACCAAAGAAAUCAUGAGGAAAUUGAUAUUAAAAAGAAUAUUCAUGCAUGUGAUGUUUGUGGAAAAUGUUUUGGAAAAAAAUCUAAUCUUAAUAGACAUAAGGAAGUUCAUUCAAAUGAUAAAUUUUAUAAAUGUGAAUUCUGUGGCAAGUCUUAUUCGCAUUCCAACUCCCUCAAAGUGCAUUAUUUAACUCACACCAAAGAGGUGGCUUUCUCCUGUGAUUUAUGUCCAAAGACAUAUUCAUCCAAGACUAGCUUGAAAUUUCAUUAUCGAGUUCAUACACAGGAAUUGCCAUAUGUGUGUGAAUUUUGUAACAAAGGUUUUACAAUCAAGAGUGUUAUGAAGAGGCAUGAGCUUAUACACAAAAAUGAAAAAGUUACUUGUAGUUUAUGUGAAAAGAGUUUUUCUUGCCUGUCAUCUUUGAACAGACACUAUCUGGUUAAACAUACUGAAAGUAAGAAACUUCCAUGCAGUGAGUGCAAUAAAUGUUUCUCUUGUACUUCAUCUUUGAAAAAACACCGUCUUACUAAACAUACUGUACAAAAAGUUAUAUCUGAUUAAUUGUUGUAAAAUAUAUGUUGAAUAAUUUUUUAUACAUUGCACAAGAAAUUUGCUUUGUAAUUAUUUAGAGAAUUGUACAUAUUUUUUAAAUGUGUAUUAUAGUAAUUAAAUUUUUUUGUCUGACGAUAUUUAUUUGAUAGCACAGUGAUAGAUUUAAUUUUUUUUCUUAAUUAACACUAAUGAAAAGAUGAGGGAUUCUUACGUUUUUCGGUACUUUUCCAUUAGCCGGGCGUAAAUGUCGCCAAUUGUGAACCAAACGCAAAUUUGGCAGAAUUCUACAUUUAUCUGGAAAUUUUUUGCUUGCACCCGGCUAACGGAUUGUGAACCAAAUGCGAAUUUGGCUAAAUUCUACAUUAUUUGGCAAUUUUUCGCUUUCACCCAGCUAAGGGAAAAGUACCUAUUUUUCUAAAUACAUAGAAAAAACAUCCCAUAUAAAAUAUAGAUAAAAACAAUUGGUCUUGCAGUUAA